AUGCACUCCCUCCCCUCUUCCACCGAUAAUCUCACGUUACACCUCGCGAUCUUGAUCUGCGAGGUCCUGCCGCCGCCGGUUUCCUGCUUGCGUGGUCCCUUUGAUCAAAUCUUUCAGAAUUUUUUCGAUCGUGGAGCGAAGCGGCUCUCGGAGGAUAACCACGACGAACAGUGGCCUGGGAUUAAGAAACAGAUUCAAGUCAGAACCACGCCCUACAAUGCCACGGCCGGCCAGUUGCCGGACGCGGAGGCUUUGGAAGGUCUCGAUGCACUGGUCGUCACGGGGAGUUCGGCGGGAGCGUAUGAGGAUAUCGAAUGGGUGAAGAAACUUGGGAGAUUCUUGCAAGACACAUACCAGCAACAUCCGAAAGUGAAAAUCUUCGGUACCUGUUUUGGCCAUCAGAUCAUCAACCAAUCUCUGUUCGCGCACACGGGUGGGCUCCACGUCAUCAAGAACCCACGAGGAUGGGAACUCGGCGUCUAUGAAAUCACGAUCAAUCCCAAGUUCGCCAGCUGUUUCCCCCGCCAACUCAAAUCUGCCGCCCGAGCGUCGUCGCCGCAAAUCCAGCUCCAACUCUCGCACCAGGAUACGGUGGUCGUCACUCAGAGCGCGCAAUUGCCUCCCGAGUGCGUCGAAGUGGGUUCCACGGCCCUCUGUGGCAUGCAGGGAAUGUACGUGCCCAAUCGGGUGCUGACACUGCAGGCGCAUCCCGAGUUCGAUCGCGAAGUGAAUGGCGCGUGUAUCCGCCUGAUUGUGGGACUGGACUGGCCAGCUGAAGAGAUAAAGGAAUACUUGCGCAUGACGGAUAAGGACGACGACGCAGCACUGAUGGAAGAGGUGGUGAUGGAAUUUUUGCUCCAGGGUUCCAAAUCUUAA